AUGGAGUUAGGAUCAGUAUGUGUAAGCCUUGCCGGCGUGCUCGCAACUAUUGGCGCAAAACUCUACUGUCUUGCACAGGAGAUGAACUACGCUGAAAGUUGUUUGGGCGACUUAUCCGACAAUGUUAAAAGCACCGAAGUUCAAUUAAGCACCAUUCAGGACUAUCUUUCUCGGGCAGGGCUAUCAAGCGCUCAAAAAUCAAGAUGCGAAUACCACCUCCGGGACACUGAAGUCAGAAUUAAUAAAUUCGUCAGCUCGAUGGAGGCAAUAAUCCUAAAAAUGAACACGAAGUCCAUGAAAAAGAUGAAGCAAAAACUAAAGCUCGUCAACGGCGAGCUCGAUGGCCUUAGGUAUCAAAUCGACAAGAUUGAUCGAAAUCUAUCAGCCAUCCGCCAGGAACUGAUGAUAGGGAUUGCCCUUGAUGAACGUCAGGAACGACGGGCGACAACGGCGCAAGUCGUCGAAAAACUUGAUGUUAUCGAAGCAAAUACAACAGGGACCGAUGCUCGCAAACUUCGGAAAAAGUAUAAAGUAUAUGCUCAGGAGCUUAUGAUGGACGAUUAUGUUGUGCCACCUCCAUAUACUCCAGGCUCUUCAACCUCUACCCCAGCCUCAGUAAAUGCGCGGUCACCGGUACCGUCAAUGUAUUCAGAAACGUCGUCAAUACAUUCACAAAUAUCGUCAAUAUAUUCACAGCCAUCGUCAGUAUUCUCAUCACCAUCGUCAGUAUACUCACAGCUAUCGUCAAUAUAUUCGCAACAAUCAGUUACGGAGCUACCCGCCACGCCUGUCGACCCUUCAAAGGCGCGAACAGUGUUCCCAACUCACAACAAAAUAUCCAUGUCAACCUACACUGUUGCUGACUAUACGACAGUUACGUCUGUUGAGAAAGUCGAAAAACUCCCAUGGACACCCCCGCCAACAAUCUCAGAAAAGGCCAAGCCAUAUGGUGAACAAACCUACUUCGACGGCCUUAUAGUAGUCGAAAAUUCCUAA